AUGAACUUCAGUACUGCCAAACCUAUUGACAACUACUUGAACUUUACGGAUAUCGAAGGAGUAUAUUGUGGAGUAGUACAAAUGGAACGUGAUGUGAGGGAACUGCUUUUCUUUAGCAUUGAAACAGCGAUACUCAUUCUUCUCAUUCAGCCAGAGUGCGCGACAUGUAGUGGUGGUUAUGUGCAGAUACAGUGCCAGAAUGAUGACACUCUACAAGAUCUCAUAGAUAAGCUGGUUGAUAAGUUGUGA